AGUUCUCUCCUGCCGCCUGGAGUCCCAGGACCCUCUGUAUGAGUGACGCUUCGGUCUGCCAUGGACCCUGGCCCUGCGCUGGCCUGGCUUCUGCUCCUGAGUCUGCUGGCUGAUUGUCUGAAAGCCACUCAGUCCCGAGACUUCACGGUGAAAGACAUUAUCUACCUCCACCCUUCAACCACACCAUAUCCUGGCGGAUUUAAGUGUUUCACCUGUGAAAAGGCAGCAGACAAUUAUGAGUGCAACCGAUGGGCUCCAGACAUCUACUGUCCUCGAGAGACCAGAUACUGCUACACUCAGCACACAAUGGAACUCACAGGAAACAGCAUCUCUGUCACCAAACGCUGUGUCCCACUGGAAGAGUGCUUAUCCACUGGCUGCAGAGACUCCGAGCAUGAAGGCCACAAGGUCUGCACUUCCUGUUGUGAAGGAAAUAUCUGUAACUUGCCACUCCCCCGAAAUGAAACUGAUGCCACGUUUGCCACAACGUCACCUAUAAAUCAGACAAAUGGGCACCCUCACUGUGUGUCAGUGAUCGUGUCCUGCUUGUGGGUGUGGUUAGGACUCACAUUAUAGCAGCUCAAUGGCACCAUAUGUAGUAGGAUCCGUGGGGAUCUUCACAGUCCAUAGUCAUGCAUGAGUCAUCAGCUUGACAGUAGUUACACGUGUUGUCAUGGCCCAGCAUUUCCACUUACCGUGAGGAACAAUCAUUGCUUCAGUGUCGUUUCAAGUCUAACUAAAAACCCAUCAACGCCAGCCUGUCCCAAACAAACCCUGAGUUCUAUACCACAAACUUUUGUUUUCACUCUAGGAAAUCGUUGUACAUUUAUUGAAACCUGGGCUUCUUAAUUUGGAAUGUACGCAUGGGCUUUAGGAGGUCCUGGGGCCUUCUGAGAUGUAAGGGGUAUGUUAUAUGGAGACACAUAGCUGUGUGAUUUCAGGAGAAAGGUAAAGGACCACUGGGUUAAACACAAUCAUGAAUUCACUCACAGCUUAGAUUUUAAACUCAAUUCCAAAAUCAAUGGACUGUUUCCCUAGAGAUCCUAAUCAAGUCCCUGCAAGAGAAAGAAAUUAUUUAUCCCUAUGCUGGGCAUCAUAUUCCCUCGCUCUGUGUGGAUGAUAAAAGGGCAACCAGAAAAGUGUGUUGGUGGUGGUGGCUGAUGAAGGAUUUCCCCCAACUUGAGGGAACUAACAUCCAUACAGAGGCUAUGCUGAGUCCUACAUGUCUAUCGGUGUUGACUCAGAGCCAAUUUUGUUUAUGAGACACUGGAUUCUGCCUGGGCUAAUGGUGUCCAGAGUUUCAAAAUAGGGUGGGGCGAUUUUCUCCACAUGUGGGAAUCUACUCAGUCAUAGAUAAUCUAGGCAGAGGAGGAUUUUUGGAAUGGUGGUAAAUACGUGGACAUGAGUCCUCGUUCACAGUAAGGGCCCAGUGAGUGACUCAGCCAGCUUCCUCUUCCAUCUGUACUUCACACUGCCAAAGAACCUUCCUGUUCCAAAUCCGUGGUGUCUUCAGGGAGAAGGUUCUGCAUUCAGCUGUCUUUAGAUUAAUAGAGAAAGAAAAUAUAAAAUGCUAGAGUGAGAACAAGGCAGACCAGAGAGGUUAUGGUGAGACUAGGAAGGAAACCCAAUAGAAGAUUUUUAUUUCUUUUAGAUACUGCUUUUGAAGUAGAUGGUGAAAGUUUCACCACCUUUCACUAUAUUGUUGGCACACCAAGUUACAAUUUGUUCUUCUUGUAAAUCAUUUUAACAAUAUUUAUUUUUGUAUGGCAUAACUAGAAACUAAAAUGUAUUGUAAAAAAUUCUCUAUCUGAACAAAAUGAUCAAAUUAGAAUACCUAUUUUUCAACAGGGGUAGAGCUUGUAAUAUAUGUUUAGAGUUGUGGAGAUACUAGUACCAAUGUGGAAAAAGGUUAACAUGUUGCAAGAGUGUUGUGUUUGCUUCAAGGCUGCUGCUCCUGGCUUCCUCUGUGGUGCUGUCCCAGAAGUAUUCUGGUGGUGGCCAUCACUGGUCCAGGUUUCUGUGCAGGGUUAUGGGUGCAUUUUGCAUGAAACUUGGUGGAGCCAUGACUGAUUCAAGAGGACAGUGUUGCCAGGGUCCAUUGUCUCUGCACAGGAAUAUCUUUGGCUCAAAAAAUGAGACACCCCCUCAGGGACCAAAUAUGAACUGCUAGUAGUAACUCUGAUACAGAAUAAUCAAAUUGCAUCCAAUGGCCUUAAUUUAGAGUUUAGUAAGUUUAUCAGUAUGUUGCUUAUAACUGGAGUAGAGGGAUAGAAAUGAAGACAUUCAUGAAGUACCUCCUAUGUGCCAGGCACUAUGCUAAGCACUUUACAUGAGUUAGGUCUUACAGAAUCUUCAAGAACCCCAUAAGGAAGAUUACUAGUAUUAGCCCUUUACAAAUGAAGGUCCUGAGGCUCACAGAAUCUCGAUAACAUGAAGCCCUUUCCUUCAGACUUAGGUUAUGUGUAAUGAGGUGGAAUUGAAGAAGGGAAGGCGGAAUGACUCUCCUAAGAAAACUUCAUGGGAAUCUCCAUCUUUUCAUGUGGAGAUUCUUGCAUCCUGCUUCUGUAGGAUGCCAUUUGCAUGUGUCCCCAGAUGACUUUUUUUUUUCAGAGUGGGGGUAUGGCUUCCUCAUUCAUCCCUCUUGCUAAAAGAGGAGACAGUUGAUCUUGCAUCUAAAGAUGCUAUAAGACAAUGAAAAUUCAGUGUUGUACAUUAGCUACAAGAAUCAUUUUCGUGCAUGGUCACAUUCCACUGAUAACUCCCAAGCACUGCAUGCGAUUUGUAAAAGAAACAAGAAAGUGGCCGCACCAAAGCUUCCCUGGCUGGGUACAGGGAGCAGGUUCACAGCGCUGCAGACUCAUCCACCCUCAGGGGAUUAUUGCAGACUGCACAAUGUUGCUGCAUGCAUCCCACGUGCCUGUCAGAAUGGCUUGAAUUCAAUUCUCUUGAAAGAAACUGGUUUGCUCACAUCCCCAGUAUCAAGGAGCCAAGAAGGGCCAUUCACGUGGAAGGGCCAGGACUGGUCAGCCAUCUGACUUUUCUACCCCAUUGAACUUUUCAUGAAAUCUCGCCAUUGGUGAUGGCUUGAAGUGUAAAGAGCCAUGAUGUGUAUAUUAACCUCUGUGCCACAUAUUUAUUUUUAAACUCCCCGUAGCAUUCAUGUCAAUAUGGGAUUAAUGCCUCAACUUUGUAAAUAUUGUAUAUUUUGUAAAUCAAUGAAUAAAGGUUUUAAGUGUAUCUUAACAGGCUCCUUCUUGCAAAUGUACAUGUCAAUCAAUGAUUAAUGCACCCAGGUUAUGUACAAGGCAUUGGGCUUAGCGCCACAGGGAACUUCCUUCCAGCAGCUCGCUUUCUAGUUGUACAGACAAGAAAUAUGCAUGAAAAGAUACAAGACCAUUUACUCUUCCAGAUGAUUCAUACAGAUGGUAGUGCUACAGAAAGUCAAAGGAGGAACUAUUAUGAGACUUUUUAUUUGGGUCUACAG